CCUCUCCCAUUAAGCACCAUACAAACCACAUUGCUACUGUUUUUCUCUCAAGCUAGCCAUGGCUUCCAACAAACUCUCUGCCAUCUUUUUGGUGCUUUCUCUCCUUGCUUACUCAACAUUCACUCAGGCUAAUGUUUCAUGCCCACCACCACCAAAGUCCACGCCCACACCUACACCCGCACCCGCACCCAAGCCCACUACUCCCGCCACGCCGCCACAAGCACACUGCCCCACGGACGCCUUAAAGCUAGGGGUUUGUGCUGAUGUGUUGGGCCUCGUUCACCUGGUUAUUGGAACUCCUCCUACAAGCCCUUGUUGCACAUUGAUCAAGGGUUUGGCAGAUUUGGAGGCUGCACUUUGCCUCUGCACUGCAAUUAAGGGCAAUGUGCUUGGAUUAAACUUGAAUGUACCUAUUACGCUCAGCUUGAUCCUCAGUGCUUGUCAAAAAACAGUCCCUCCUGGUUUCCAGUGCCCCUAAGAUUAAUUCAAGUUAUUAGUUUGUCUCAAAUGUUUUCAGUGUGCAUUGUAGUCAUGAGGUGGAUGCAUGGAGUAUAGAAAUAAAAUCCCCUCAUAUCGUAUGACAAUGUCAAGUAAAAUUUUGUAUCUAUUAUUAUCUUCAUAUUCAAGUGAUUGUCACCUAUGAAGAGAGAUAUAUGCACAAAAUUUUAACAUGACAUUCUCACGUGAAGUUCAACAUAAAAGGAUUAUGAUAUUAUCUUUGGUAUUAGUUUCUUUUGUGUUAUAGUUGUUGAUUUUCUUUUCUUAUGGAGUUUGUUGUUGUUAAUGCCGUGUCUGUCCAAACAUGUCGUUCUAUUAAUUUCCUCUCAUGAUUCGUCACAUUACUAAUUAGGCAAGCUUGUUUGCCUUAAUUAGUCUCAUGAAACAUGUUAUUUGAUUAUUAAAUCAUUGUUUGCUUUAAGUUAUCAAAGUGGGAAAAAGAUUUGAACUUGAA